GUUUUUUCGCACAACAAAUCGCAAUCCUAUUCACAACCGACAAAUACUGCGCAAGACGCCCGAGCGAGAUUAGUGCUUCAAGGAACAAGCAGGCAGCUCUCGCCGGGCGGAGGUAUUCAACAUCGCGGCUUCGACGCGUCAUUCCCUCCCAAAUCGAAACAAAUAGCUAUCAACGUCGAAAAGCCGUUUCCUCGGACUUCUUCCCCGAAAAACUGCAGGAGCACUUGUCGUUAUUUCCAACCAAAACGCAUCGAAGUUGAAGUGUAUCCCGUUAGAUAGAUUGAUAGUUAGAAGCCAACUCGACGUACCUACUACUCGGGAAACACAAACAACCUCACAAAUCCAUAAGAUGAUUCUCCGCUGGUCCGUCCCGCUGGCGGCCUGGCUGGUGGUUGUACUGCAACUCCAAGCGCUACUGAAAUUCACCCUCGCCGCGGAGUUCGAGUUUCCUAUUCGCAAUGGACGCAACCAGUUCUCCACCGUAAUCGGCGUGGGAACGCCUCCGCAGUUCUUUCCCAUGUUGCUCGACAGCGGAUCGGAAGAGGUAUUAGUUUAUUACGUCUGCGAACGAACGCAUGUUGUAUUUGUAGCACGAAGGUUAAGAGAAAUGCAUAAAGCCGGACACGAGAUGUAAUGUACGUAGGGUAGUUAUAGUGCUGUGCACCCUCCUCCUGUCAUUGCGCAGGAAAAUAACCUACCACAGGUCUGGGUCCCAGGUCCGAAAUGCCGGGAGUGCGAUGAGGAUGGUAAAUUUUUCAAUCCCGCAGACUCCACCACUUUUGGCAACCUUCCCGAAGUGCAAAAAUCCGCGGGCUACGCCUCGGGCGAAGUCUGGUACCAUGAAGUUUUCGAGAACGUUACCUGUCCGGCGGGAUCUCGGCGGGAAGAGACAACGUGCGCGGUGACGACGGGGAAAGUUUCGUUUUUGCAAGGUAACAAAGAGGAGAGCGUUUUUUUGCGCACGUCGAUAAAUGUUGUUUUACUUUGAGUACGUUUCUGUUCAACUCGGAUGUUGCACAGGCAUAAAUGCUUCUGCCAUUGUGUAUUAAGCAGCGUCGCCAAUUUAAAACAAGUUAUUGGGAUACUCAUAUUCGUUGCACCAGUACGCGAAAUAAUAGUCUAGUGGUGUCUGAGUCGUCUUCCUCUUCUCAUGAUGUGAAAGAAAAGCAUAGUUUAUGUGUGCUUGUUACCUCGAAAACCUUCACUGCACCCUCCUCCUCCACCUGCAGGUGGUUCUUCGUCCUGCGUGGGUCUCGCGAAACGCGCCAACGCCACGGCCACGACCGUGCGCCUGCCGAUCGGGCUCACGGACCGCGAAUCUAUCAAAUGUAAAAGUGUCUGGGUCUGGAAAAGUGGAACCUGUCAUGCAUUCCUGGAAAAUCUGAAUCUGUGUUGCAUAAGCAGCAAAAGAGAAGCUUUCUUUGUCAUGCAAAAACGCAAUUUGUCAUGCGAGCUAGGCAUCAGAAGGCCUCUCAAAAACUUGCCAUGCUUGACUGCCAUUGGAAGCGCUUCAAUCAUGCGCCACCCAGCAUCACAAGUUUCCAGACCCAGACAUUUUUACAGUUGAUAGAAUCCCCGGUGUUUCAAUCGAUGCCCUUUGACGGAAUCAUCGGCCUGGCGCCUUCCAAGUCGAAUUUCGUCGAAGCCUUGUACGAAAGUGGGAAUUUGAAGCACCGCCAGCUCGGAAUUUCCCUGCUCCCGAACGUCUAUCCUCCGGCCCUGCAGAAGUUGUUGCGUCGUUGUUCUCUUGCAAUUUUUGCAGGGUAAUGCCUUAUGUGUACUAGAUGAAUCCAGUUUUUCGUUGCUGACGCAAAUCAUAAGCUUUUGUCGUUGUCAUGCGAUGACUAAGAGAACGACUGCGACACAACUUUUGCAGUGCAUAAUUUGCAGAAGAUGUUUCUCGGUGAUAUGGGGCCAGAAAAAGCGGCGAAGAUGGAAUGGAUUCCGAACGCAGAACACGAUGGGUAUAUACAAUUUAGUACUGAUGCCUGCACUUUGGCUUUGCAGCACGACAGAAUUUUGAUUUCUACUGCAUCGUGUGCGUUUUGGAGACCCCUUAAUAUCUUGCAGUGUACGACGACAAUAAAUUAACUCUAAAGAGCACGACGCUAAAACUAAUUCAAAACAAAUUCAAAACGAAUUCAAAAUCACCGCUUUUUGUGUUUUCAAGAUUUUUAGGCGUUGGAUUGGUCUAUCGUGUCCUUCGUUUUUCUCUUCCGAGGCAGGCGCUCCCUGCGCAGGCAGUACUUACGCGACAUGAAUUAUUUUGGGUGACCGGGCCGCUGUGGAGGUAUGCUGUUUGUCCACGGCAAACGCGUCGGCCUCCUAUGUGUAUGUCCUCCGGGGGGUAAUUGAUUUGGGGAUUGGCGCAUUGUCAUGGAUCAGCCCGCCCUCUGGCGCGUGUAGUGGUCAUGAAUUCUCCAGGCCGCACAGAGCGACGUCCACUCUACCUGUUGCAAAGAUAACUGGCGCCCAUGCCUGUGACGCAACACGACGGGCAAAGGGGGGGGGGGCACGGUGCAGCCCUCGCUUCCUGUGCAGAAGCGCUCGCCCUCCUAUGCAGCUCGGCGCCCUUGCCGGGAUUGCUUUUGGUUCCGCGCACUACGAUUGGGAGCGUCGUUCUGCGCGCCCUCUCUCAGGGAGCAGUCGCAAAGAUAUCGACGGCGCCUGGCGCCAUGACUCGCCGCCGGGUCGGGGUUAGGACACUGCCCCUUGUGCAUGUUGUGAGUGAUCGAGAGCCGCUUCUCUUUGGUAUUCGUCAGGUACUUGGAACUUCGGGAGCAAGCUUCAAGGAAAGAGCUUUUUCUUCUCGAUUUCAAAAGAAGUUCAAAAAUCGUUCAGAAUCCGUUUAAAAUGCGUCCACCGAUGAGGCUAUUGGUUUGAACGCAUUUUGAACGGAUUUUGAGCCGAGUUUUGAAUUUCGUUUUGAAAUUGAGGAAAGAUUUGAAUGACGUUUUGAAAUUGCCGAGAAAGUUGAAAUACGUUUUGAAAUUGCCGAGAAAGUUGAAAUACGUUUUGAAAUUGUGCUACAUUUUGAAUCAUGUUUUGAAAUGCGCCUCGUGUGUUGAGCUUGCUUGCGAAUGUGGCCGCCAAGCUUGGCGGUUUUGGCGACAACAUAAGGCUCACGCCAUGACCCCACUCCCUAUCUGGUAGCGGCAUCGAGAGAGCUCGCGCGUUUGGUUUCAGAUAGGCAGGGCCGUGUGGGACCCACGCCUGCCGGCCAUGCUUGCGCUUCCAACCGGGAAGAAGGUCGCCCGCAACGCGAGGCGAAUCCGCACUCUUUGCAGCGACUGUGUAGACGCAGCCACGCGCCACUUUGCCGCGGGCCAUGCAUUUUUCCCGGUGUUUCAACGUAAGCAGGGCCUCUGGCUGCACUCCCUGGGGCUUCAGGAAUUGGGCUUCAAAGGCGUGCGCGCCGAGGCACCUGCAGACAUCUCGCUGUUGCCCUCGCUCUGAGCCCCAAGAGCAUUGGACGACCGCCCACAGGUGUUUGCUUCUGUGGUGUUGAAUGGGCUGGAAAUGUUUUUUGUCAGGGAUGUGGUGUUGUGCAUCUGGGUGUGUACACGCUACGAAGCCUUGACAUUUUGAAUUCGUUUUGAAUUUGUUUUGUAAUGAAAUCAGCGUCCGUAUACUUUGGAUUUAACAAUAAACACGAGGAAGCUAUUCGCGCCCGUGUGCGGAAUCGAAAAAAUUCAAGAAAAAUUUUCUGCGCCAGGUACUGGUCUGUUCCGAAUGUCGCCCUCUCUUACCUGGACGCGAACAACGAAAAACACGACAUUCCGGGGGUGUACCGGGUUGUUUUGGAUUCUGGCUCGUCCGUGGCGAUGAUGACGGAAAGCACUCAGCAGAUGGUGAAGUCUCUCGUGCCGUGCAAGUCGCAACUGAGUCUCCGCUUUUCCGCCACCUUCCAGCACGCGAUCGACGUUUUCGUCCACACCCGCCGGCAGCACAGCAAGGGUUUGGUGCUGGGAGCGGACUGCAACCUGGACGUGAUGGAUCUCUCCGGGUUUCCGGAUGACAUGCUCAUCAUGGGCAAAGACUUCUUUGAGCAGGUGGAAACCUGGUUCGACUGGGACAGCGACCGGAUCGGCUUCGUUAAGGCGUGA